GCGAUCUCUUUUCCGUACAAUAUAUCACCCGGCAAAUCUCAGGAUAACAGGUGCCUUCAGAAAACCACAGAGCAGCAAAAAGAAGACACAAAACAUCUGAAACUUUAUGACUCAACACAAUAGAAUGUUUUCUCCUCGAGGUACGGAAGUCAGGUACAAAAAAGGCAGUACACACCUCCAGGAAAGGGGCAGUGCUCAGACGGGGGCGGGGAACGAAGCUUAGAAAAGAGCCAGAGCGAACAGAAGUCACAGCGUAGACAGCACGAGAGUGAUCAACAUGGGGAUGGCUCUGCUGAUACUACUGAUCGCCACAGUGUUUGAUGUCGGUGAGAUGGAGACAUUGUCCUUGUCUGUAGGGUCCGGCUCAUCUGUUACGUUACCAACGAGCUGCACCUUUGAUCCUUCUAACAUGUAUGAGCUUCAAAUUAACAAUAAAGUAAUUGGAUCCUAUUAUAAGCGUACAUUGACUCCUCGUCUCCAAUUCUCCAUGCGGCUUCAGUUCGAUGAGGACAAAUGCAGCUUUCUACUGAAAAACCUCACGGAGGGGGACAGCAAUGUCUACACCUUUAUCACAAGGCAUCAGGAAAAUGAAAGGAUAGGAAACCAUGAGGAGCAUUUCAAUGUCACCGUGACAGGACAUACAACUCCAGCCUCCCCUAUGAACCAGUCAACAUAUCACAAAGAUGAUGACUAUGGACAUACAACUCCAGCCUCCCCUAUGAACCAGUCAACAUAUCACAAAGAAGAUGACUAUGGAUUUCUGGCUGCUUGCUUCUUACUGGAUAUGCCUGUGACCAGGCUCCUGAUGGAACUUAAUCGGCUUCUUCUCUGGUUGGUAAAAAAAUGCAAAAUAAAGUUUCCUGAAGUGCGGCCAUCUUGCUUGAAUCGUGUUUUUGAGUUCAUUUUGGGAGAACCAUUCCAGAAAGCUACCAUCUAUGGUUUUGAAAUUGGUGAAUAUUUCUCUCUGGUUUUCCAGUUGGUUGCCACCACCUUGUUCAUUGUCUGGAGUAUUUAUGGACAUGGACAUGGGGACAGGGUUGUCUGGCCAAUAUUAUCUGCAAUCAGUUUUCUUGUAGAGAUGGUGAUGAAAUUUUUCAGAUGUUGUUGCACUUGUCUGCUGAAAACGUUGAGAUGCCCCAGCUUUGUGAUGCUUUUUCGACCCGUUCUGAUAAGUGGAUUGAUUGUGGUCUUUUCUUUAAUAUGACUUGUGUGAAAAUCUGAUGCAGUUUUAGGUCAAAUUCACGCAGAAAUAUGGACAAUUCUGAAGGGUCCACAAACUUUUAAGCACCACUGUACAUGAGGGUUUCAGUACCUUUACCUGAUAAGUAUUGAUUCAUUAUUUCAGGGUUACAAUGGUGCUUCAAUUCUGCCAUUGCACCAGGAACCGGCUUCUUGUGGGUUUGAAUUUGUACCAUUGUGGUUCAUGUUGCCACUGUUCCGUGCGUCUUAGCCUCGGUUACGUGUGGGUGUGUAUUGGUGCCAAUUCUGUAUUGCAAGGGUUAAUGGCUUUGUGUGUGCAUCUGACUAAUGAGUUUAAGUCUGCAAUAUAGUUCCUGCCCCUGACUGUGUAACUUCAGUUUCUGUUGGAUAAUUGCACCUUCUGUCUGUGUCUGGAUACUGUGGAGUCUGUUUGCUAUGCGCUUGAGUCUGUUCCAUGGUCUGAAUUCUGUCCUAGUUCUGUUUGCCAAUGAAUUCCCAAGUUCUAGUUUUUCUUUGAUCAGUCUUACCAAGUUUCUGCAUCUGGACAUGCUAUAUCUGAACUGUGUUGUAAAGUUAUGCGCCUCAGUUUCUGCUCAUGUAUGAAUGUUAAGUAUGAAUGGGUUCCUGAAGCCUAUUCGUCUGUCAGUGCUCCGUGGUUUGUCUCUUGCCUUCAUCUUUGUCUGCUUUUGGAUUUCCCUGUUCUCUGCUUGGUUCUAAAUUAAUGCCUUGCCUGUGCUUCUAGUACUUUGCACUAGUGUAGCGGCACUAGCAACCAGACCGCUACUAUCCCAGGUAACGCUCUGGUUCCUAACCCACAGUGAAGUCCACAUGCCUGUACAGGAAUUAUAGGGUGAUUACUGGGAGGCACCAGAAUAAACGCCCUUAGGGUUAGUCCUACGCCAAACUAGUUAGCACACUGGGUCCACAGCCAUUAGACAGUAAUAUUCAGUUCGUAGACAAUGAAGUG